GUCUGUGCGGCUCGCAGCCACAAAAGCCAGCUCCAGUCCAGUAGUCUCGGCUCGUCACACUUUGUUUGACUUAGUCACCAGGACCAAAUCAGAACAUAAUGAAGAAAAGCAAGUUGAAAUGUCCCAAUCUGGUGCCUGUUACAGUGAGACAUCUCACCAUGGCCACAUUACAUCCUCACCUGGAUAGGCAGAGUGAGAAACAGCUCUGUAUGUUUUUUAAUGGUAACGUGAAGUUCAGUUUGCUCUACAAGGGCAGCUUCCAUGGGUUUAGCUUCACUGAAAUACAGUACAAGUGUACCAAUCAAGGCCAAAUCAUAAUGGUGGGCUACCUGGAGGAUGGCUUGGUUCUGGGAGGUUGUAUGAGCAAGGGGCUCAUAAAUCAGAACACAACUGUAAAGGAUGAGACCGCCUUUCGCUUCUCAGCUGACCAGUCGGAGUCCGUGAAGACGUCAGUCACGACCGUCAAUUUUGAGUACAAUGCAAUUCGGUUCGACAGUGACCUGCGUUUCCAGCAGUCCAGUGUUAGGGGUAAUGCCCUGAGUGUCACCGGCUCUCAACUGGAAGGAGAAAAGAUCCUGGAGGAGCUGGAGGUGUACCGGGUUGAAGACACCUGUGACCUUCUGGAGACCCCCUGGAGAGAGCUGACCUCCAACGAGGAGAAAAGGAAUCUUCUCAAGGAAUCUGUUGUCUCCUACAAACCACCCACUGAUGUGGUUUCUCAGGCCAGAGUCUUGCUUGUGGGCCCAGUGGGAGCAGGAAAGUCCAGUUUCAUCAGCUCAGUCUGUUCUGUUUUCCAUGGACGGGUGUCCAUCCAAGCAAUGGUUGGCACAGCAGCAAGGAGUUUCACCACAAAGUUUAGAUCAUACACCAUCAAAGCUGCUCGAGGAGGUGAGGCCACCCCACUGGUUUUGUGUGACAUGAUGGGGCUGGGAGAGACGGAUUUGUCUGGAGUGAGGGUGAAGGAUGUACUGCAUGUGAUUAAGGGACAUGUGCCUGAGGGCUACAAGUUCAACCCAUCAGAGCCCAUUUCCAGUGCCUCCAAAGGAUACGUUGAGGAGCCGACUGUCAAAAAUAAAAUCGCCUGUGUGGCCUUUGUGCUGGACGCAGGCAGAGUGAGCGCCUACCCUGAGCUUGUCCAGGAGGCACUGAAGGAGCUCAGGCUGAAGAUCAGUGACCUUGGUGUUCCUCAAGUAGCCCUGUUGACCCACACUGAUGAGGUCUGCAACUCUGUCGCCGAAGAUGGGAAAAAUAUCUACCAAAGCCGAGUCGUCCAGAACAAGGUGUAUGCUGCUGGGAAGCUGCUUGGCCUGCCCGUCUCCUGCAUUGUGCCAGUGAAAAAUUACUCAAGUGAGUUGGAACUCAACUGCAGCACCGACAUCCUCAUCCUGAGCGCAGUGGACCUCAUCCUGCAAUACGUCGAUAUGUUUUGUGAUGAAUGCGAGAUGUCCAAAUCUGCUCCGUGAUCGACUAGUGGAGGGGUAACAUCCGGCAUGGUGGUGCUCAUAUUGGGGCACUGGUUUUUGGUUUGUGUUGAUAUGCUUGUCUUGCACUCUUUCCUGUCUUGUUGUUAAUUUGGGGUAUAAGUGAUGUGGAUGCUUUCAGGUGCUGGUGCAGCAAUGUGAAUGAUUCUCAAAAGGCAGUCUGUGGAUCAGAUUAUUGAUGGAGGCCACGGAGAGUCCAAUGAGAGCAAAGAAUUGGGUUAUGACCUAAGUGGAUGUGUCUUUACUGACCCGAUCGGGUUUCAUUUGGCUUAGUGGUGACAGGCCAGUGCUGUCCUCUUUUUACCACAAACUGCAUCUUAUUGAACUCAACUCUGCUGGCUUUUCACAUUUCCAGCUCCAUGUGCUCCUCCUGGUAUCUUCUUCAUCUAUACUAAAAUGUGAUGUAUGUAUGAGACUCUUUUUUAUAAUGAUCUAAUGCUGUACUGCAGUCACAAUGGUAUACAACUCAAUGUCAAGGGGGUUUAAACAACAAAUACCCAUCAGAACCAUCCAGAUGUUCCUCAAAUGUUGCUCAAAUGUUCCUGAUCUUUCCAUGGUCCACGUGCAGAACGCAUGGCUGGGGUACUUGCCAUUAGAAUUGGGUCUAUGGUUUGCUUUGCUUUUAGUCAACAGUACAAAAAUGAAAUAAAGAGUUUGUCAUGUC